GGCAUGUAAUUGGUAGUGUAGAGUGUUGGGCCAUUGAGAAGGUCCUGUUCCUCCUUGAGGGUGUCCCCACAACCCCCGUGACCUCUCGCUGGGCCUGAGGCUGGGCUACACUAAUGAGCUACCUUUUGCCCUCAGCUUUCUUCCACUGUAUAGCCUGAUGUGUUUUGCUACAUGAGUGUACGCCCUAGGCUUGUCUCCCUGGUCUUGAUCCAGUGUCUCAUCUUUGCACCUCUCUCACAACUCCUAUCAGAGUUUGUUUCUGAUGGAAGAGGUUCACAUGAUAAAGAAAAACCCAGCCAGUCCUCACAUCAAGAUAGAGAUGAAAAAUGCCACCUUGGCAUGGGACUCCUGCCACUCCAGUAUCCAGAACUCACCCAAGCUGACCCCCAAAACAAAAAAAGACAAGAGGGCUGCCAGGGCCAAGAAAGAGAAGGUGAGGCAGCUGGAGCGCACGGAGCAUCAGGCGGUGCUGGCAGAGCAGAAGGGCCACCUCCUCCUGAACAGCAACGAGCGGCCCAGUCCCGACGAGGAAGAGGGCAAGCCUGUCCCCCUGGGGAGCCUCCGCCUGCAGAGGACACUGUACAGCAUCGACCUGGAAAUCGAAGAGGGUAAACUGGUUGGAAUCUGUGGCAGUGUGGGAAGUGGAAAAACCUCUCUUAUCUCAGCCAUUUUAGGCCAGAUGACACUUGUAGAGGGCAGCAUUGCAGUUGGUGGAACCUUGGCUUAUGUGGCCCAGCAGGCCUGGAUCCUCAAUGCCACGCUGAGAGACAACAUCCUUUUUGGGAAGGAAUUUGAUGAAGAAAGAUACAACUCUGUGCUGAACAGCUGCUGCCUGCAGCCUGACCUGGCCAUUCUCCCCAACAGUGAUCUGACUGAGGAUCCCUGCCGCAUGGAAAUCACGGAUAUCGAAAUAGACUAG